GAAAACAAUAAACAACCCUAUGAGGAGAAACGCUAGAGGACCUGUCGCUGGUGCCAGAAACGUAUUCAUUUAAGAGUAAAAGCUGUUCGAUAAGAAGUUCGACGCUCUUUAAAAAAAAAAGAAACUACACCGGACAGAUAGCUGUCCUGACUGGAAAAAAUCUACAAUCCAAAGAGAAGGAAGUUAGCUAGCUAGUUUAUCCAGCUAGCCCCUUGAAGCUGAAGCUUAGCCUCCUCUCUGCCCUCUGCUUGUGCCUCGUAAGUUAGUGUUGAUUGUUAUGCAGUUCCUGAAGGACUGUUGUCUUUCUCGUUUUCUUUCUCCUCGGCCACCUCUUCAGACCCUCACCCUAGUUUCUCUGGCCCUAUGUCUCGAUGGCUCUUUCCUUGGUCGGGCUCGAUAAAGAAGCGGGCCUGUCGCUAUCUUUUACAACAUUACCUCGGUCACUUCUUGGAAGAACGUUUGAGUUUGGACCAACUGAGUUUGGACUUGUACAAUGGCAGCGGUGUCAUUAAAGAAAUCAACCUCGACGUGUGGGCAGUAAACGAGCUGCUGGAGUCACUUGCAGCCCCUCUGGAGAUUGUGGAGGGUUUUGUGCAGAGUAUAAAAGUGACGAUCCCAUGGGCAGCGCUUGUCACUGACCACUGCACAUUAGAAGUCACUGGGCUACAGAUAACAUGCAGACCCAAAGACAGAACCAGUGGCACCUGGGGCUCCCAAGGCUGGUCCUCAUGUAUGACUUCCAGCAUGCAACUGGCCCAGGAGUGUCUAAAGGACCCACCUGAGGCAUCAGAAGAGCCACCUGCUCCUUUGGAGGGGCUCGAAAUGUUUGCACAGACCAUUGAGACAGUACUGCGUCGGAUAAAAGUCACAUUUCUGGACACUAUAGUAAGAAUUGAGCAUCAUCCCCUCGACACUAGGAAUGGGGUUGCCUUAGAGAUGCAAAUAAAACGGCUGGAUUACUGUGAUGAAGCUGUGCGAGACUCCAGUCAAACAGUGCCUGUAGAUAUCCACCAGCCUCCAGCCUUUCUGCAUAAAAUUCUUCAGCUCAACUCAGUACAGCUGCUUUACGAGACUCUUGGAGAGCCACAGAGCCUUGUUCCUGAACAUACUGGGGUUGGUGAGGAUGAAGAGAGAGACUCUGCACCUAAGUCUUUACGGAUGCAUCCCGGGCCUCUAGUCAUCGGAAGCUGCUCAGGUUUCAUGGAGACCACUGUUAAAAUCAAACAAAGCGAUAUGCUCCCAGGGCCCAAGCUGGAGCUAGAUGGCAGGGUGGGCUGUCUACACUUGUUGCUCUCUCCCAAUCAGAUUACUAACCUAACAGAUCUUCUGACUGCUCUCUGCAUCGAGACAGAAGGUAGCUGUAAUGCCCGUGGUGGUGCUCCGAGUAGGCCCCUGGGUUCGGAUGAUCUGAAGUUGAUAGAGGAGGAUCUCAGUAAGCAACUCAGUGUGGAUACAGUAGAUAGAGAUUUGGAGCUAAACACAGAGCCUUACGUGAGCAGUCUGGAGAAUGGAGAUAUGUUUUACUCUAUGGGGCCUGGGUGUAUGACUAGCAGUGUGAUGUCCACACGCUCAGGAAGCGAGCUCUCAGACAGUGACAUGGAGUCCUCAGUACACAGCCAAAGCAGCUUGGCUCCAACACACCCUCUAUCUCCACAGGGAAUGCUUAACUGCCCCAGACGUUACCCUGUAGCAGGGACUUUACCUAGCUUGCCUCAAUGUAGCAGGCCAUCACGGCAUUCUACACACACUGGCCAGUCAGAAUCCACAAAACCCGAUUGCUUGCUUCGACUGUCUCUUGGUGGAAUGACCCUCACUCUUCUGGAACAGGAGCCUGCUCAAGAACCUCAAGAUCUGUCCUCAAUGGCUAAAGUGUCGCAGGUGUUCUUCCAUGAGCUAGCCUACUUCAAAGACAGCAUGUUCAGUGAGAGAGACUUUGAGAACCUAAGGGGUAGCUUUUCUAAAGCAUGCCCUCACUCACAUCUCAGGCUGACCGGGGCAGCGGUGCAGAUAGCAUGUGAGAUGCGUAGCUCCGGGCAGUAUGUCCGUUCCAUGACCUCUGAUCUCUCCUUUAGCAGGCUGGAACUGCUGGAGUGUCUUUGGGAUGCAGGCAAGCCCCAGUACACUGAGCUGUUGCAGUUCAAGAAUGCUGGUCACUUUAAUGUUGGAGCAACUGCCAGACCUUGUGCCCAAAUUCACUAUUCCCUGAAAGAAAAACAGCAGCGCAAGAGAGGAUCAAAGCAGCGAGUAGUGCAAAGGGAUAGUGCACUACAUGUAGAGCUGGGUGAGCUCACCACUGAAGUAGAUCUGGACAUACUGAGCAGACUGAAGAACAUCAUACAGGCCCUAAGCCACUGCCCCAGCCAGCCAAAACAGCCAUCUAACACACAGACUCAGUUGUUAGAGCUGCACUCAUCGCUUGUACUCCUCUCACCGUACGCUGUGCUGAAGCUUCGCUUCCCAAUCGCUGACCUUCGACCUUUACACGAGAGAAGACCCAUGAGUGAGCGAGCAGUGCGCAAGGAGAUCCUUAGUCUGGAGGUUUGCAAUCUAGAACUGAAGUCUCAACAGGGAUCAGACAUCCUGCAGCAGAUGGCAUCCACCUCAACAGCUAAACUCAGCAAGCUGCUGGAGGCUAGCUUCAGUGAUCUGCACGGAGUGUACGAAGGUUGGGAGGGAGGCGCUUUCCCUUGUAUCCGUGUACAAAAAGACUCCAACGCUCAGAACCCAGACAGCACACCCAAAAUUGUGGUUCAUGUAAGUGGAGCAGCAGACUCGGAUGAUAAAGGGGGUGUAGGUGUGGGUUUGAACAGAGAUCUGGGGCUGGGCUUUGUGUCUGUGGAAAAUCCCUGUGAGCUGAGAGAGAAGAAUAGCUCCCCCUUCUCCUCUAACCGCACCAUGUUUGAGACAGAAGAGAUGGUAAUCCCAGCAGAUCCAGAGGAAAUGAAGGAAUUCCAGGCUCGAUGUGUGGCUCAGAGUCAGUGUGUGGUCGAUAUCACACUCCCUGUGGCCUUUAUCCUCUUGCCCAGCAAAGAAGCCUUUCAAAGCAUCUACAACAGGAUCAAUAAUGAUUUGCUGAUGUGGGAGCCCCCACCUCCCCCUCAACUUCCACCCAAGAUAUCUCGCAGCCCGCUGCAGCAGCGCAGAUCCGAGGACGACGAGUUUCAGCUCUGCAAAUCUGCCUUCAGACUUGAUUCUGACUCAGAAGAGGAUGAAGCUCAGUUUUAUUCAGACAGUGAACAAAGGAAAAAGGGUCAGCCAGAACCCCAAACAGACCACUCCCUCAGCAUGCUCUGUUUAACUCUACUGAUUGGCAAGGGUCGCCUUCAGGCUCUGACAGACAGUAAGAACGAAGCAGGACGGAGGGUGGAACAGUGCCAUGGAGAAUUGCUGCUAGACUUUGAAGGCGGGAAGAUUUUCAGUGUUACCCAGCACCAGAAUAAUCCCAAUUUAAACUUCUUGACUAUAGAGGGCAAAAAAGUUGAACUCUAUCAUAAAGCGGAGGUCCCAGACUCCUCUGUCCCAGCACGAUUAGAAAUGCCUAAGUUUACACCCCCAAACCAUCUGGACCCGACCAUUUAUCCCACAGAAGUCGGGGUUAGCAGUAUGGGACGCAGGGGAGCAGGGGGUCAGAUGUUGUCGACUGCCAUCAAAAUCACACUAGACCUUCAACGCAAUGUCAAGGAGUUUUUGGUUGCAUUACGGCUCGAGGGUGCUACUUUAAGACAUCACGUGGCAUUGACCAAUCACAGUUGGCACGAGCAGUUGGUCGAUUUUCUGGAUGUCAUUGAUGAUGAUAUUUUAGGAUACACACCUCCUGCCAUCAUAACAGUGUUACAUACACACCUGGCCACCUGUGCAGUUGACUACAGACCACUUUAUCUUCCAUUGCGAGUGUUGUUUACAGCAGAAUCCUUUUCCCUGUCAAGUAAUAUCAUUGUGGAUACUGCCACCUUUCACCUCAGGUUUAUCCUGGAUGACUCUGCAUUGUACCUCACUGAUAAGUGUGAAAGUGGCACCGUGGAUUUGAGACGAGAUUAUCUGUGUGUAUUAGACAUUGACCUAUUAGAGCUGGCCAUAACUACCUGGAAAGGCAACAACACUGGCAAACUGACUCAGCCACUGUUCGAGCUGCGCUGUUCAAAUAACGUGGUUCACGUGCACACCUGUGCAGACUCCUGUGCUGCUUUAGUGAAUAUACUCCAGUACCUGGUCUCCCAAGGCGACCUGCACCCACCUCCUCGUCAUACUUCCCCUACUGAGAUUGCUGGACAGAAGCUCCCGCUCUCCGAAGCUCCUACAUCAUUACCACCCUGUCCGCCAGCAGAGACAGCAGAAAUUAAUCAGUGUGACCUAACAGAUGCCCUGAUUGACACAGAACGAACGUUGCCUGAGGAGGAUAGAGAAUUUGGUUCUCUUUCCAUAGUAAAGCGAGGCUCACCUGUCUCAGUGUACCUGUUUCCUGGGGAAGGAACAAAAUCCAGAUCCUCUGCCCUAGAGGGGUUGGAGUCUGAGCUUGAUCAACUGGUGGUUACAGCCACUGAAGUUCAUGCUGAUAUGAUAUCAGAGGAAUGUUCAGAAGGCUCCACUGAUAAUGAUGACUUCUGUAUUUUAGAGGCCCCUGGUAUAGGUAUUCCUCCUAAGGAUGGAGAGCCGGUGGUCAAAGUGUUGUGUCAGAGUCCUAUAAAGGUGCGUGAUGGCUAUUUCUCUCGGCCACGGGGCAGUUCAGACCUGCUAAGAGCACCUGCUCGCUUUCCGAUGCCUCAGAGCAGGGUAGUACUCAGAGAGGUAUCAGUAGUCUGGCAUCUCUAUGGAGGAAAAGACUUUGGAGGAAAACCAGUCUCUGCUCACAUACAGCACAGUCAGAGGGGUCGCUCAGCACCUGCAGGAGCUCGUGGUUCUCCCUCGCGAUCUGCUGGCUCGUCUAGACCACAGAACUCAUGGCGCUGGGUGGGAGGCAGUGGCAGACAACACUCACUGCUCAUGGAAAUACAGCUGACAAAGGUCAGCUUCCAGCACGAGUCGUACCCUGUUGUCAUGCCCCCUGCAGCCUCAGGGCAGGACAUGGAAGGGGCAGGAUUGGGAGAGCAGCCUCUCUCACGGCAGGUGUUUAUUGUGCAGGAGCUGGAGGUGCGUGACAGGCUGGCCUCCUCACAGAUCAACAAAUUCCUCUACCUGUAUACCAGUGAGAGUAUGCCACGUAGAGCCCACUCCAACAUGUUAACAGUAAAGGCACUGCAGGUACUUCCUGAAUCUGGAUUAGGAGGUCCAGAAUGUUGCUUGAGAAUCAGUCUGCUGCCCCUCCGGCUCAACAUAGAUCAGGAUGCUCUUUUCUUUCUGAAAGAUUUCUUUAGUAACUUGGCUGCUGGGAUUAAUCCGUACUUGCCUGUUGAUCCAGCUGCAGAGGUGAAAGCAGACACUACUCAGAAGCCAUCAGAGGAAGCAGAGUCUGGCACUGGACUGGGUCCCGAUCUCACUGCUUCCGUAGAGACAACGUACAGCGAGCAGAGCUCUUCCUCUGCUGGUUCAUCCUCUUCCUCUGACCAGCCAAUUUAUUUCCGAGAGUUCCGUUUCACGUCAGAAGUUCCCAUAUGGCUGGAUUACCAGGGGAAGCAUGUGGCCAUCGAACAGGGAACUUUUGCUGGAAUUCUUAUUGGCCUGGCCCAACUCAACUGCUCAGAGCUGAAGUUGAAGAGGCUGUGCUGUAGACACGGACUGCUGGGUGUCGAUAAAGUCAUUCAGUAUGCUGUGAACGAGUGGCUGACUGACAUCAGGAAGAACCAGUUACCAGGCAUUCUGGGAGGUGUUGGUCCAAUGCACUCUGUAGUUCAGCUGUUUCACGGGGUACGGGAUCUGUUCUGGAUGCCAAUCGAGCAGUACAGAAAAGAUGGACGCAUUAUCCGGGGUCUCCAGAGAGGAGCAGCAUCUUUUGGUACCUCCACAGCUUCGGCUGCUCUGGAGCUUAGCAACAGACUGGUGCAGGCUAUUCAGGCCACAGCAGAGACGGUGUACGACAUCCUGUCCCCAACUCCGCCCCUGACCCGUUGCAUCACAGAGGGACGUCCUGCAUCCCGGCCUAGACGCACGCCACAACCGGCUGACCUCAGAGAAGGCGUGGCCAAGGCCUACGACACCGUCAGAGAGGGGGUGAUAGACACUGCUCAGACCCUGUGUGAUGUGGCCUCACGUGGACAUGAGCAGAAAGGUCUUCCAGGAGCAGUGGGUGGGGUUCUGCGUCAGAUUCCUCCUACCGUAGUGCGACCCUUAAUAGUAGCCUCUGAAGCCACCUCUAACCUCCUCGGAGGCAUGCGGAACCAAAUCAAACCAGACGCACGGAAAGAGGACUUCUUAAAAUGGCGCACAGAAGAUGGCCCAGAAUGACUGACUGCUAACAUCAGUCUUUUUGCUAGUGUGAAUGGUAGUGUGGAGGCAUGAGUAUGAAUGUGAAAAUGUGGAUAUCUCUGUGAGUAUUAAUGCAAAGAUGAAGGAAAAAAAAUAUUAGAAGCUCGGCACAACCCGAAAAGUUUUAAAUGGCUUCCACGUGUUCCAUUUUCACAUUCAUGUACGUUGUACAGUGCACAAGCAGAGCUCUUUGUAGGUAGCCAUGUGCAAUUUGCUGCCAUCCAACUGAUCUGAAAGUAUGCAAUCAUAUCGAUUCUGAACACUGUUUACCAUUUCGCAGUAACAUGUUACUAGCUUUUAUUUGUUCUUUCCUCUUGAAAUUACACACUGGGUUUCUGGGAUGUUUCAUUAUUGUUCUGUAAUUAUUAGAAUUGUUCAAAUUGAUCAAAAUGUUCAAACUGGGAUCUAAGAUUUUUUUUUCUUCCCAAAAACAAUAUAAGGAAGCAGUGUAAAAGUGGCCUUUCCAUAAUACAAGUUAAAAUGUAAUGUGAUUCUUCUACAUCCUGUGAAAUGACCUUUGACCACUUUACACAUUGCCCCUAGCGUUAUUGUGCCAUAAUUAAUAUCAAUUUGAAUGUUUAGUUUUAUUCUCCUAAAGUUCAUAUAAAUGGCUCUUUGACAUUUCCACACUAAAGAUGUUUAUUAUCCUUUACAUGAUCUUUGUUAAUUCUGCAGACUGAGAUGUCUUGUACCUGUCCUGUUUCCUGAAUACAGCCUCGUUUGGCUUUGUCUUGUUUAGUUGCCUUUCUAAUGUUUUGUUUUUUUAAAUGCUUGUCUUUAUAAUUAACAAAACUGCUUCUCAUAUUCACGUGAUGUCUGUACGGUAAAGGGCUUUCAGCAACUGAAAGAUUAAAAUGGCUUGUGGUUAGUAUGUUACACUUUUUUGUUAAUGCAGUUUAAGGGAAGUGCGUAUGUACCUGUAUACAGUGUCUUAUGAGUGGAUGAGUGAUGAUGUGCAUGUUUGUGGGUUGAGUGUUGUUUCAAUAGGGUGAUCUUUCAGGCUAUGAAAAUCAUAGCUUUUGCUAUGUGUGUUGUUUUUUUUCCCCCCUGUAAUUAUUACUAUAUCAUAAGCUGUAAGAUUAAUCUGUAUAAUACCAAGACAAUGUGUAAACACAAUUAUAAAAAAAAAAAAGAAAUAAAUGAAAACCUGUACAUUGGAAUAA